ACGAGAGGUAUAACGGUACAUAGGUAGAUAGAUAGGAGAAAAGGAGGAGAGAAAGAGAGAGGAUUUAAAGAGCUUUGUUUGUUCGCGCGGUGGAGAGGAGAUAAAGAGAGAGGGAGAGAGUGAUUGUUAUCUUCUAAACUAGGUUUGGCUUCUUGUGUGUGUGUGGUUCUUCUUCUUUGAUUGUACCGACCGCGAGCAAAGAGAGAAGGCGCGCAUUCAAUCCCUAGUGGUUGCGCAGGGAAUUCGUUCCAGGGAUCGCUCACCCACCGCUGCCGCGCUGCUCUGAUCGAGUCAUCGCGAUCGCGUCGUCUUCUAGCUGCCGCUUCGAUCGAUCGUUCUUUCGUCGAGAGAUUUUGGUCCAUUUGCAAGCCUCCGCUGCCGCUGCCGCUGCCUGCCGCGUCGAUCAAGAUGUGUCUCGUGACGCCUACAACCGGCCAGACGAUCACUUGCAAAGCCGCCGUCGCGUGGGGACCGAAGGCGCCGCUGGUGAUCGAGGAGAUCCAAGUGGAGCCGCCGCAGGCGCAGGAGGUCCGGAUCAAGAUCACGCACACCUCGCUCUGCCACUCGGAUGUCACAUUCUGGGAAGCGCCGGUGGAGGUUUUCCCACGAAUCUUUGGCCACGAAGCAGCAGGGAUCGUGGAGAGCGUUGGCGAGGGCGUGCUGGAUCUCAAGCCCGGCGAUCACGUCAUUCCGGUGUUCACUGGCGAAUGCGGGAACUGCAAGUACUGCAAGUCGCCCCGGACCAACAUCUGCGCGAACUAUGCCGUGGAUGCUCUUCGCGGCACCAUGAAGAGCGAUGGUAGGACUCGGUUUUCCAUCCAGGGAAAGCCCAUCUUCCACUUCAUGGGGACCUCUACGUUUAGCGAGUACACGGUCGUGGAUCAAGCGCAGGUUGUCAAGGUGGAUCCAACCGCGCCCCUGGACAAGAUUUGCCUUCUCGGCUGUGGAAUCGCUACCGGAAUCGGCGCUGUUUGGAAAACCGCCAAAGUUGAGGCGGGUGCUAGCGUGGCCGUGUUUGGGCUGGGCGCUGUUGGGCUCGCUGUAGUAGCAGGCGCAAAGAUUGCUGGAGCAUCCAGAAUCAUAGCCGUGGAUCUCAAUCCUGCGAAAUUCGCCAAAGCAAAGGUGUUUGGAGCAACAGAUUUUCUGAAUCCAAAGGAGCACGACAAGGCUAUUCAGUGUGUGAUCCAAGAAAUGACGGGAGGAGGCGUGGAUUAUAGCUUUGAAUGUGUUGGGAACACUAGUGUCAUGAGAUCCGCCUAUGAAAGCUGCCAACCCGGAUGGGGAAAGUCUGUGAUUGUUGGAGUGGACGGCUCCAACAAGAUGCUCGAAAUCAAUCCGCUCGAAUUCUUCAGCGGGAGGAUAUGGACCGCAUCAGUGUUUGGCGGAUUUAAAUGCAAGUCCGAUCUGCCUGAUUUGGUAGACAAAUACAUGAGCAAGGAGCUAGAGUACGACGAGAUGAUCACUCACACGCGUCCGUUCUCCAGGAUCAAUGAAGCGUUCUCGCUUCUGCAGAAAGGAGAGUCUCUGAGAUGUGUGAUAGAAGUGGAAGCAUAAUCUCUUCACGGAUUGUGAUUCCCAUCUCCCUUUACGAGUGUAUAUUUUAUCCUGUGUUCACGUUAAUACCUAAGGAUAACAUUUAAAGAA